GGCGGACUGUGGCUUGGGCUGGGCGACAUAUUGGGGACUCCAGUGUCAGUCAUUGUUUUUUAUAUAGAAUAAACUUGUUCAAUUAUAUUUGUAUCGAUAAUUGCAGUUACUUUGGGGAGAUUCAAUUUUGUAGUUGUGUUCUGCUCUCCACAGAAACCAUUUCUUCAAAAUGAAUCAUGCAGCGCUGAUCUUGGCUACUUUGGUUUUAUCCUCGAUAUCGUUAAUUGGUGAGUUGUUUGCAUCGCAUUUUCUGAUACGUAAUAUUCUUAAAUGGCACAUGAUACAUUUAACUGGUACAUGAUAUACUUAACUGGUACAAGAUACAUUUAACUGCUACAUGAUAUACUUAACUGAUACAUGAUAUAUUUAACUGAUUCAUGAUAUAUUUAACUGGUGCAUGAUAAAUUUAACUUGUGAACUUAGAAGAUUUAAAAAUAUAUAUUUACUUGUGUAAUGUCUAGUCAAAACAUUCCAACAAAUUUGUAGUUAUAUUAUUAAUUGUUCCAUAUCUUCGACAAGAAUACAUCUUUUACUUACUAAACUCUGCUUUUUUGGAGCUAUUGAAGUUGAAAACUUGUUGAGUUUGACAUACUAUCAGUGACACUAAAUCGUAGGACCGUGGUGUGCUGACAUUUGCAGUGAACGUUUAUUUUUAAUGGUGGACACAUGAAGGAAGAAAAAAAAAACGAUAAGAAAUUGAAAAUAGUUCAAAAACUUAGGUCUGCUGAGGAAGGCUCUCAGCCGAAACGUACUUGUUGUGUUGUCCUGUCCUUCUAUUUAAGCUUCCACAUACACUGCUCUACUGUUCACUUCAAACAGCUUGAAAGCAGUCCUUAAUUUAUAAAUAUGUUAAACCUAAAUUUGACGGAGGUUAAGUCUUGAAGGUGUUAGCUUUAUAUGCAUAUACCAUUGUGUUUCAUUGUGUAUGGGUUUUUUUAUGUUUAUUUAAGGUUCUUUUUCUUUUUUUAAAUAUAACACAAAAAAUUUCGAAUAAAUAUUUUAUUGUUAGAAAAUACCAUUGACUUCUAAUGUUUUUAAAUAAUAAACACAUUAGCUUUUUUGAUCAAAAGUUGAUCUCAUUAUUUAUAAUUUUGUCGUUCCGUAUUACAACGUACCUCAUGACUCAAGCAUGUGCCAUUUUACACGGCUUUACCAACUGUUUUAGCAUUUUUGUGUCUGUUUGUUUAAAGGGUCAUGUGAAGUUGCAGUGACCACUUAUCGCAUUAGUAAGCCCCUAGAUUUAAGACAAAGGAAAAAAUAGCAUAUACUUGUUUCUUAGUGUUUCCCCCCACAAGUGUGUGCUCAUUGCUUUAUAGGUAACUAACGAGUUAGUUACAGCUGGUUUUAAAAUGAUAAAAGACGUUUACACAUGUUAUCACGACAAUGCAAUGGUUCCAAUUUUAUAUUGAAAUGAAAUAUAAUGCAUGCAAGCUGACAUCUCUAAAAGAGCUUUAUAUGGAAGAGAAAUAAACAAAAGGGGAAACAUAUAUAUGCCCCUCACAAAUCAAUAGAAUUCUUUAAAUAUGAAAGACAGUAUAAACUAAUGGAGAGUUUAAUUGUGGGGAAAAAAAAUGUAUAAUAACUCCGCUAAAUGACAUUCUUAAAAAGACCUCAAGUGAGUUUGGUGUGUUAUAUUUUUUCUUCGAUUACUCAAAUAGUUUUAAUUUAAAUAUGACGUAAUAAAUAUGCAGUGUAAAAUGGGGCAUAAGAAUAUUAAUAUAUUUCAGUGACGUAAAAAAAGUGAGUGGUGAUUUGAUUGGGGGGGGGGGGGGGUGUGAGCGAGGGUCAGAUUGCAUUAAUUGUCAUCCUUAUAAUGUACGAUUUAAAUGCAUGUUUUUUCAAAUAAUUUUAGUAGUUGGGAAAUUCAAGCAUUGUAUUCACCAUUUUUUUGCGGGUUAUAGCUAGUAUAAUGAUAAUUAAUAUUUGGUUGAUUGAAGUUUUCUGUGAAGAAAUUACUUCUGCUUCUGUUCUGGUUCUGGUAGGGUACGUUGCUCAAUUCAUGUAUUGGCAUAUGUGCAACGGUUGGGGAAGCGAUGCUGGUAUCCUAACUGCGCUAUUUUGUUUCUAAAUUUUAGCUGAUGCCUUUAAUUAAUAUGUAUAUCCAGAGCCCCUUUGACAUUGUUCACCCUGUCCUGCAAGCCAUGUCCCGCUAAACGCUGCACUAUCCCUCUUAUACCUGUUUAGCUCUUGCAAGUGCUUUUCUCCCUUGAGGUCUUUCCGCAUCGUCCUCAUCCUGAAGAGGGCGCACAUUACAUGCACCGAUUUUUCAAGGCUUUUAAAAUAUUUUUUGCUUUGAUUUCUUGAAACUUCGACCUCAUUGAUAGGGCCCUCUCUAUUUAAGGCUGGAUAGGGAAGAGUGGAGUCUACACCAUUUAGAGUUACUGUUCUAGCUUCCUCCUCAUUUCAAAGAGGUGGGUAGUGUAUUUGUAAAGACGUCUGCUCAGUCAUUCGGGCGGGGGGGGGGCGGGGGGCUACAAGACACCACUAUGACUUCCUUUCUUUUAGAGAUUAAAAAACCAUAUGACAUUGGCCGCCCAUGUGCAGGCUCUUUAUUAUGGAUACGAAUGUACCCACACCUGUGACUUCAUCGUUUGCCCAUCGCCAAGGACUUUUAAUGAAUACUUAAUGUCUUGAAUGAUGACUACAGAGACACUCUCUGUGACUUGGGUUUAAGUGAGGAAGAAUUGGAAGAGUAGUCAUCCUCAAGCCCUGGCCAAAAACCACUUGGAUAAAGCAGCAAGACAAGAUCAAGACGGCUGGGGGUGGAAUUCGGUGCAGUGAAUGACCAUGGAGUUCUACAUGUCUUGCCACACUCGGAGCGAUUCACAUGAUAUUGUUUUGGUCUCAGUGGAACAAUAUUAUUUUUAGUCCCAGAGGCACCAUAUUGUGUUUUGUCACGUGUACAUUAUAUUGAUUUUGAUCCAAGAGGCAUUAUAUUGUUUUCAGUCCUAGAGGUACGAUCAGGGCCGGCCUUAGGCCACUGCAACCUAUGCGGCCGCAGUGGGCCCCGCACUUUUUUUUCUAAUACAAAAUCUUAAUUUUCACUUAUUAUCCUUAUCCCUACCCAGACUGAGCCCCGCGCAAUCUCGUUUCGCAUAGGGCCCCGUAAUUGUUAGGGCCAGCCCUGGGCACGAUACUGUUUCUGAGUCUUCAGAGUCCCAGUCGGAUUAGUUAAUGCAAUCUCAAAGUGAUUUAAAGCAAGGCAUUUACUUUAUUGUUUAUGAAAAAUGUAUAGGUUGUAGAUCAUAUUUUGUGUUUGAAAAUAAAUCUCAUUUUGUGUAAGAGUGAUUUUUUGGUUGUAUAUGUUAAAAGCAUGAUUUAAGUAUAUCAUUUCUUUCCAAAAUGGCGGAACCUUCGUAUGCAAGAUGGCGUUUUCUAUAUUGUGUUAGUCAGUUCCUGGGCGUCCAAAACUUCCAUUUAAAAAUUUUUAUUUACGUAAUAAACAAAAGAUUUUCUUUCGUCAUUAAAUAUAACAAUGUUAUCUGAAUCAACUCACACAUUUUCUUUUUUAAAAACUAAAAGAAAAUAUUAAAAUUUAUUAUGUGCUCUACUUGUUACAUUAUUAACAAUCCUAAAACAAUUUUUUAAACUUAAAUUAAUUUCAUCUCUUAAAAUAUGUUAUGAAACUUAACAACAAAUAAUACUAUAACAAAGAUCAUAUUAAGUGAUUUAAACAUGAAAAAUAAUAUCAAAUAUAUCAUAUGAAGUGAUGUCAACAUAUAUGACACAUAAGAGUAAGAAAACACACGAAGUAACACAUAUAAACAUGUUACUUCGCCUCUACACCGCAGGAUCAGCCGAGACUCUUGAAACAUGUAACGGAGACGCCGACAUCGUCUUUGUGGUUGAUGCCUCUGGCAGCAUUGGCUCUUCCAACUUUCAGAAGGUCCUGCGCUUCAUCAUCAACAUUACGACCUACUUCUCGGAUGACGCCCUGUCGGGGAUCAGGUUUGGACUGGUCACGUUCAGUGAUGCCGCCAACAUUUCAUUUGACCUCGACAAGUACAACGACUCGGUCUCCUUGAGACAGGUAUGAGGGUGUUUGUUUGUUUUAGGUUUUUAAAUUCCUUCUUUAUUUCUCACCUGAGUUUUAACAGUGAGAAAGCGGUGACAUUAGUCUGAGCUAAAAUUAAGAUAUAAUGGGAAUUUAUACAUAUAUAUAUAUUGACACAGAUUCUUGUUAUAAACAAAGUAAUUCAUCCUUCACUUUACCACGGAGGUCAUUUAAAUAUGGUCUUUUUGGUGCGUCAGUAUAACUUGACGUGUGAACUUACGUCUGUUUCGAGGAUGUAUUAAGGUUUUAUUUUUUUUUAAAUUUAAUAAAACCCAAACAAAGACAGAUGCAUUGUCUGGCUUAGUCCUUUCCACUCAUCCAUAUCUGGUUCAUGUUCUAAAAUAUUGAAUAGCCCUGCGGAUGAUACUAAAUUCUCUCGAUAAAAAAAUUUGAUCCAUCAAGACUAUUGGCGUUUCAAUCCUAAAUUAAAAAGUUUAACAAUGUAAUAAUCUGAUUCUUAAAAAGUAGGAUAGCUAUAAUGCGAUUGCUAAUGUUGGUUCCUAAAUGCAACGAAGCUAUUGUAUUGCUUAUCCCCUAGUAGCAAAUGCUACGAACUUUUAAAAUGGAAUAAUUAGUUCAAUAUCUUUAUUACGUCUAGGGGUAAUUAUUCAACAAAUGGAUGAUUCAUAUGACAUAUUGGUUUUUAUUGGAAAAAAACCCAGCUUUCCAUCUUUCCCCCUCUUUCUCUCUGCAUCUCCAUGACUACUACAGAAUUCAUAAAAGCCAACAACGUCAUCUCCCAUACCGAAAUACGUCUCGAAUACCAAGCACAUAGAAACAUCUACACAAAUAAUCUCCACACGAAAACACGCAAACUCAAAUUUGCGAACAAGAACAAAUCAUUAAAAUUCUGGACUAGGACUGUGUGAUAUAGCGGACCGAAGCGGGUUUUUUUUUUUCUCCAUAAAACUUGCUAAAAUUUUCAAUUGUUACUAAUAUGUUUAAAAAUACAGACACACAACAUCAGUACUGCCCCGUAAUCUCAACUUAUGAGGAAAACUUCGAUAUAAUCCAGGCCAUUUCCAGCGUUCCCUAUGCCCGUGGUUUUACAAGGACAGACAAGGGCUUGGACAAAGCCCGUAACAUGUUCGGAAAAGAUAGACGACCCCACGUGAUCAUCCUUGUGACAGAUGGGCAGUCCUCGUCACGUGAAAGCAGUAAGUGCCCGAAACAAUUUUUCUCGUCACCCGGAAAAUGUGUUGAGAAGAAACAAUCAACACUGUAAGUAUGGUAAGGAAGGGUUCAGAGGAUAAAGAUACCCAUCAUGUAGGAUGGUAAUCAUAAUAAAAAGGACCUUUUGAUUAAAAGUAAUGAUACAGAGUCACCAUGGAAACCGCCUUUUUGUGUUUUAACUGUAACUACCCUGAAAUUGUAUACAUGCAAAUGAGUCCACUUUAAACAUAAUAUGACCAAGACUUUAGAUCUCUUCGGUUACUAAGACAUUUUAUUUUUUAAAAUGUUCUUUGUAUUUACUUCUUUAGCUUUAUGGUUAAUACUCUUGAUUUUGUUCUCAUGCAGAAUCAACUGUUGCCGCUCCGUUGUUCCAAAAUGCCAUAAAGCUGAAAUGUGUCAAAAUUUGAACUUAAGAUAAAGCGGCAUUGUCACAUUUUUAAAAAAAAGUUCCAUUGUAACAACAUAAUCGUGACAUAAUUACAUUCCCUUCUGUUUAAACAGUGCAGUUAGUGGCUAAGAUAAAGUCUCAAAUUACAUUCCCUUCUGUUAAGACAGUGCAGACUGUGGCUAAGUUAAAGACUUCAAUUACAUCUUUUAAUUUUUUAUUUUUUUUUUAAACUUUAAGAAAAUUCAUUUGGUUUUUAAAGUUGUAUAUCCUCUUAUAUAUCGUAUUCUUUUCAUUUGUGUUGACAAAGUUUCUACAACUUUGUUUCUAAGCUUGUUUUUUUUUUAACUGUUAAAAGCUAUUAGGCUUGACCCACUCACAUCUAAAAAAAUAUUUAAAAAAAACUUUGCGGUAAAUUUGCGUCAAUUUCCUCAUAUCUAUUUUUAAAACUAAUAACUUGUUUCAAUUAUGACAGCAAAGGCUGCGGCAGAUAGACUUCGAGAAGCCAAUAUCAUAACACUGGGCAUAGGUGUGACAGAUUCCAUCAACGAAGAGGAGCUCAAGUACAUCGGCGGGCCCAAUGACAUCUUGACUGUCAAUAACUUUGACGUGCUACAGGACAUUUUGCAGGGUUUGGUUCGGAGAACCUGUCAGAGUAAGUUUAUCAAGGUGGCCUCCGACAUAACAGUUUGGUUGUUUGUCAUGAUUAACACUAUACUUUUCCAGUCAUUUGUAGAUCUUUUUAUUCCAUUAUAAAAAGCUAACUUCAUUCACAGGUAAAAGAAUCCAGUUGUCGAAUUGUUACAACUAAAUGUUCUACUCACGAAAAAAUUUUAUCAUUCUAUCCUAAAAACAGAUGUUACUAAAACUAAGGUACUGGUGGAUUGCCACAAACUAUGCUUUGAAAUCUGAUUUUUCUCUGUGUACUCUGUUCGUAGAGUUUGUUUGUAAUCACUUCGUAGAGUUAGUGUUUACUUAGUUCGUAGAGUUUGUGUGUACAUAGUUCGUAGAGUUUGUGUGUAAUCACUUUGUAGAGUUUGUGUACUUAGGUCGUAGAGUUUGUGUGUAAUCAGAUCGUAGAUUUUGCGUGUACUUAGGUCGUAAAGUUUGUGUGGACUUAGGACGUCGAGUUUGGGUGUACUUUGCUCGUACAGUUUGUGUGUACUUUGGUCGUAGAGUUUGUGUGUACUUUGGUCGUAGAGGUAUGCAAUCGGACUACUCCAACAAAUAAGCUUAAUUUUUGUUUGCAGUUUACUGCCACUUUACGUGUUAAGAAUUGUUGUAUUAUAUUCCUUCAUUCGAAUAAAUAUAGCUUUAUUCUCCCAUUGUAUUUUUCAGGUAUUGGUGGAGCGCAAAUCCAAGUGAAUG